AUGGUCAGUCUAAAACGCAGCCGGAGAUCAACAAGAAGGUUGGACAACCACAUUGCUCAGGUUGCAUCCUCUUCUCAAAGGACACCAGGCACACUCCCUGGAAAGUGUGAAGCCAAUCCUAAGGAGACAUGUAAUGUCACAUUCUCUGAGGAUGAAGGCUGUGAAGAAAGUAUGGAGAGAUCCCUGCAAGAGGAAGACUCUAAUGAUGAUAUGGAUACUGAUGAAAUCCUUUCUACUGAAAAGAAUAAGGAAGGUCAUUCUAAAGACUCUGUUAUGACUAACGAGAAGAUCAGCUUUGAAGAAGCAUUUCCUGCAGUUCACAAGAUGAUGAAUGAUCUCUUAAUACCACUCUAG